AUGAAUUAAUGUACUUAUUAUAUUCAUCUAUCUAGUGCUAAUGGAUUAUAUAAUCAAAAUGAUUAAAAGGAGGGCUAAUGGUUUGAAUUAAGUGAAAAUGAAUAGAAAUAAAUAGCUAUAUUAGUUAUAAAGCAAGAAUUAAGUGUUGUACAUUGGAAAUUACAAAAAUGGCAUAAAAAUAGGGAGAUGGGAAACUAUGUUCCGUUUUGAUUAUGGUGAGGAUUGUAAGAUUAUGUAAGAUGUUUUAUUAUGAUAUAGAGGGGAGGUGGAUAUUAUGAUGAAAAUAGAUUUGAAUGUGGUGAAUGGACAGAAUUGUGCAAUAAUUUUUAAUGUACUAUUAUUAUAAGUGUAUUAGUCAUCAUUAAGUGAUUUAUAAAGGUGAAUAGUACUUGGGGAAAAAAUUGGAAUCUGGAGCACUUUUUAAAGAUUUGAUUGUGCUGAUGAUUUUGAAAUGAUGUAAUAAUUAUAUUUGAUGUAGGGGUGGUGGUGCAUAUAAUUUAAAUGGGAUAAAGCCCUUUUUGAUUCGCCAAAAUGGGAAUAUUUCCUAAAACUGCGUCCUUAAGAUUUUCAGUCAUAGACAGUCUUAACCAAACCCAACCCCGUAUCUAUUAAAAAUAAAAAUUAGAAUUAAAUUUCUGUUGUUCAAAAAAAAUAAACUAUAAACUUAAUUUGUAUCUGAGGAAAAUAUUUUAAAAUUGUAUUUAUAAUUUCAAUUAAUCUUGAGCUCAUCUUUUAUUUUUUAGAGAUCUUCUUUAAAGAUUUACAUUUCUUUAAAUUCUUCAUCUUUUGAUUACAAAGCAAUUGAAAAAUGUUUCUUCAAUUAUUUAAAUAGAUUUAUUCUUUGGAGAUAUCCAUCCUUCCUUGAUUUUUCUUCUUCAUUAAUCAUAUCUUCAACAUAUUAUUUUUAACUUUGGCAUACAGUCUUUUUCGUUUUCAGAAAAUAUCAUAAAUUAAGAGAGAACUUCAUCCCUAUUUUUAAAUUGGAUGUGAAGUCUAUUAAAAAAUCAACAAUAGAAUUAAAUUUAUGUAAUUAAAAAAAAAAUAAACUAUUAAUGAGUAAAUGUCUAAAGGAAUUAUUAAACUAAAACAUUGAGAAUAUUAGUGUUUCAACGAAAAAAAAUCUUGUAUAAUAAGCUGGAAGCAAUCUUUAACAAAAUUGA